AUGAAAUCAAAACUUACGCGUACUGUGUCAAUUUUAUUGUUUUUGUCCGUUUUACACGAGUGCAGGGGGCGCGGGGGCGUGGCAGCCGCUGGACAGUCGCUGAUACAAUUGAGUCACGACGAUGAUCCAGAUGAUAACUACUCGGAAAUCAAGGAUGAGGUGCACUUGGAGGACUUCUUCUGGACUGGCUCGGGCGACGGUCCGCCCGACUACCUGAAGAAGGUGCACACGGGCAUUAGCAAGGGCAAGGAUGUGAUAGUCAAGACGGAGACUGUGGUGGCCACCGUCUACGUGGAUGGCAACAAUGAAAUCGAGAUACCCAUUUGCCUGGACUGCAAGCCGGACGAUGGUGGCGGCAAUUGGGAUUUGGGCACACCUGGCGUGCCUCCAUUCAACUACACCUCCACGGAUCGCCGUUACUGGCUGCUGACUGUGAUGUCUGGCUUCUACACGGCCAAGGAUAAUCCCAUGCUCGAGCAAAGGCUAGCGCGUUUAUAUCGCUUGGCUUUCACCAGACAGCAAACACGCCACCUGGGCAUAAAUGGAGCACAGCAAAUUGCGGGCGUUGCCAUAGAUGCGACACGUGAGCGUCGCCAGCCGGGGCUGGACUUGGGCACCACCAUCACCAGCACCACCAAUUGGCCCGGCGAUGAUGUGGAAAUACUCGAUAUGGAGGUGGACCCGACUCAUCAAAUCAAAACCGUGUGGGCGGCGGGGGAGGAGCCUGAGUGGGCAGUCGCCGACUCCUCAGAGUCAGGCGAGCCACUCAGUAGCUCCACAAUGCCCACGACAGCAACCGAGUCCAUUGACUACAGCCCAUAUGUAACGCUUAUCCCCUGGGAGCUCAUACAGCAGAAUGGAAAGUCGGAGAAGUUACAGGAAAUGCGCGAGGCAUUGUUGAGUCAACAACAGGAGCAACCGCAACCGCAACCGCAACCUAUUUACCGGGAGGAGCGAGUGCGGGUCGUCAUACACAACAUCACGCAAAUCAGUGAGGCGGAGUUGCAAAAGUGGAACAGCUCGGCUAACGAUGUCGCUGACUCUGAUGCGUAUGUUAACCUCAAAUUCAAUGAACGACCCGUUGCCAAUCAAACGGAGCUCAUCUAUACGGUCCUAGUGAACGGGCGACCCGUUUUGGCCACAACAGCGGCCAAGGACAUGGAAUUGGUUAGUGAGGCGGAGGCGGCUAAGACCCUGGGCAAGGCCGUCUACAUGAAGUCUGAACCUUACAUCAGAGAGCCUACGGCCACGGCCUUGGCACCUGUGCCGCGCAGCGGUCACGCGGGCUUCUUCAACUCGGUGAAAAACAAUGUGGCUCUGGUGGUCAUCAGCUCGCUGGCCAUUCUGCUGCUCAUGCUGCUGCUGGUGGCCAUACUGCUGCUGGGACGAACGCGCGCCCGCCAGCGGGAGCUAAGUGCGGUCAACAGAACAACUUCGCGCAACGAGCUCUUGUCGGAGGGCCAGUCCAUGCGGCCCAGUUCGCGUGGCACGUUGCUGGACAGCGCUGUCGGUGGGUCAGCUGCCAAUGCUGAGCAGAGCACCGUGCGCUCUCGGGAUGUGGGCGUGCAGAACUUUUCGUAUGAGCGGGAGCCUCGCAUCAGCUUCCCAGCACCUCCAGCCGAAACUCACACGCGAACCCGCCACGAUUCCAUCUCCUCUACGGACAACACAUCGGACUCCUCGGUCUAUUGCCCCAUCAAUCCGCCCAGUGCUGAUGUGCAGCGCAUUUUGGAUGACAAGGCUGCGCGACUGUUUGACGGUCACAAGCGACGACGGCAUCAGUAUGAUCGAGCGGAGAACGGCUUGGAAGACACUAUAUACGCCUCGGUGGUGUCGGAGAAGAAGAGCGAGAAGUCGCGGCACAAGUCGAAGCGUCGCUAUCUCAACGAGAAUCGCGUCGGCUCACUGGAAACCAGCCCAGUGCAGGGAUCACUGGCUCAAAGUAACUCCUCAACCGAGGAGGGCAACUCUCCGGCUGCAAUGCGUCGCAACUACGAGAACUUCCAGCGCAAUGAGGCCUAUAAUCCACACAACAAUUACCAUCGCAACAAGCUGCUGCAGCAGCAAACGGUAUUCUCGGAUAAGGAGUUGGCGGAGGAGGGCGCCGUGGGCUCCCCGCAAGCCAUCAACAGGGAGAUGAUACGUUCGCGCGGCGCACAGCCCUCGGAGAAGUCCUCGGACACGGCCAGUGUGGGCUCCUUUCUGUCCAUGGCCUCGGUGCGCGCCUUUCCAAAGAGCACGCUACCCGAGCCACUGAAUCGCGUCUUGGAUCCAGUUUUCGUUACCUACUAUGACAAUGUGAAUGCAGUGGCACCUCAAGCCACAGCGCCGCAGAACUCCAACAGAUCCCUCAAAUCGCACAAAUCCCUAGGGAGCAGGGAUAGCACCAUCGCGACCAUUGCCAGUUUUCCCAGUCCGAAGGCGCCGCCUCCGGUGCGGAAUGUGCGUUCCGCCUCGCACAGCGACAAUCCUGAUCCGGGCUUUGUGGGCCCCGUCGUCUGGGAGCGGCACAAGAAGCGCCUCAACAGCGCUGACAACCAGGAGGCCCGGAGCUAUGCUGACUUUAGCCCCAGUCCCAUGCACGAUGCAUCCGCCAUACGCAACCACUACGAGGGCCUGCUCGAGGGAGCCAUGCAGAUGUACGCCAGCCAGGAUGAUCUGCCCAUGCCGUUGCCCUCGCGCGACUUCACGAACAAGCGACGCACCACAAAGCGCGAGCAUCGCGGCUCCUCUGCCGGCUUACCCAGCUUUCCCCCGAAGGCCUACAGCACUGCCGAGCGGCCAGCCACCGCACAGCCGGAGAAGACGCCAAAGUCAGCGCAGUCCACGCAGCCGCCGUCGCCCACUUACAGCGCUUGGGGCAGCAGUCUGAACGGCUCCCACUCGCCGCUGGUGCGCCCCUUAAGCGCUGGACCCUUCCAGCGGCCGGAUACCAUUUUGGAGAUUUCGCGUGGAGCACUUGUUAGCUCCAGCUCCACGGCAAAUACGCCCGGACGUAAGGCGAGUGCUCAGUCGGCCUCGGCUGCGCCGCUUAUCGAGGCCAUUCAGAGCGAACUGCGAAAGUUCAAGCAGCAAAAGGAUUAAGGGAAAUAGGAAACCUAACACAUUCAAUUAGUUGGAGCUAUCCUUAUAGAUACGACCAGA